AUGCAAGAGCUAAACAAUUUAAGAAAAAACCAAAAUUCUAAAAUUUGGGCUUCUAUUCGUAAAGCAGCUAAGAUUCGUCCUGCUCAAUUUAAACAAGAAGUUAAUAAAUUAUUUAGAAUUAAUAAAAAUAAAUACAAUACGAAAUUUGUAAAAUUAGCUACUAAUAUUAGCACUAUAGAACGAAUCUCAAUACGUGCAAUGGUAGAAUGCAUCAAAGCCAUUUAUCAAUUCUUAACUGGAGAGAUGCCAAAGCAUUGGGUAGCGGCAUCUACUUUAGCACGAUGGAAUAAUGAAAUAGCAGCCUUAUCCUUUAUCCAAAACCACCCUAUCGACGUGUCUAGUAAACUUCAAGAGAUCUCUCAAAACAUGCUGCAAAAUAUUCGGCAAGACACCAAUAGCUCUAAAGUUACUAAACAAUUAGAAAGUAAUGGGAUUUCUAAAGAAGAAAAGGCAUAUGAAAUUCUUGGUAGUUUUCUUACCUGGUGA